AUAUCUGUUAUUAAAUAGGUAUCAAAUCAAUUUGGUUGGGUUUCAGGAAACUUAAAUUAUCACUCUCUGGAUGCUGAUAGAAACACUUGCUGCAGCAGGAAGGUCCUGUUUCGCCGCAGCAUCUCUGCGUCCGUUUUCCAGGUCCAGCGCUAUGGCCAAAAGCAAGUUUGAGUACGUCCGCAGCUUUGAAACGGACGACACCUGCCUCAGAAACUGCUACAUUGUCGUACGACUGGAUGGUCGCAACUUCCACAAGUUUGCAGAGCAGCACCAGUUCGCCAAGCCCAACGAUGACAGGGCUCUGGGGCUGAUGAGCAGGAGCGCCCGCUCUGUCAUGGAGGAGCUGGAGGACAUUACCAUUGCCUAUGGUCAAAGUGAUGAUUUCAUCUUUGUUUUUAAGAGAACCACUACCUGGUUCAAAAGACGAGCCAGUAAACUCAUGACUCAUGUGGCCUCCCAGUUUUCCUCUUCCUAUGUGUUUUACUGGAAGGAGUUUUUUGGAGAACAGCCCCUCCUGUACCCACCUGGCUUUGAUGGGCGGGUGGUUUUGUAUCCCACCAACCAUAACCUCAGGGACUACCUCAGCUGGAGGCAAGCAGACUGUCAUAUAAAUAACUUGUAUAACACCGUAUUUUGGACAUUGAUUCAAAAAGGAGGACUCACUACAACACAGGCCGAAGAUCGAUUAAAGGGAACAUUAGCUUCAGAUAAAAACGAGAUUUUGUUCUCAGAAUUCGACAUCAACUAUAACAACGAAUCGGCCGUCCACCGGAAAGGCACCACCCUCAUUUGGGAAAAGCGGAACGAGACGGUUAGCAAGCGCAUAAAGCGACCGAAUGAGGAGGAGCAGCAGGUUCCUGUCACACGGAGCAGGAGGAAGGUGGAGGCCUACUACUGCGACAUUAUCGGGGACCAGUUCUGGGAGGAACACCCGGACGUUCUCGAAGACGACACCUGACAACAGCAACUCUCCUCGGAAAAACGACUCUGAGCUGCGUGUUUAAAGCCGGCUCUCACAGACAGAGACUACAGAAGCACAACCGCAGCUUUUCUUGAAACCAAACUAUGGUUUUUUUAUCGUUCACAGUACAGUUGUUCUCCCAGCAGCUGAUUUGUGUUUCUACUUUUCAUCUAUUAAAUCACGUGCAAAAUGAUCCGUCAAAAAGUCAAAUUAUGCUCACGUUAAUUUCUUCCCAUCACCACCAGCGGGUACCGAGGACAUUCAGGGGCAUGCAUGUCUUGCCUUACUUCUCUAAAAAUAUACCCUCAUACGAUAUCAUGAAUGGCAUUCAAAAUACUACCAACACCUGAUCGCUCUGCACGUCUAACAUCACCACUACGCUCUGACGGAACGGCUCUUUUGCAAUGCAAACUACAAAUCGGAGUUAAUCUUGCAGAAAGCAAAGAGUUUUGUAAAAGAAAAAUAAAUAAAAAUCCUAGUAUGUAGAGGAAAAAAGGGGAGAGGGGGGUAGAAAUGAUCCAGACUACAACAGGGGAAAAAAAAUAGCCGUUUAUUGGAGCCAAGGCACCCAUGAAGAGGCGUGAGUGGAUUCAGUGGUGUGCGCUGUCAUCAGGGCUAAGAAUACCUCCCCACACCCUGCAUUAACUCUACCCCUCUGACAUGCGCUGCGUGGCAUAUCACACUUCCAGCGGCCGACCCAGAAUGAGCGGCUGCUGGCAGCCUGGGGAGUUCAAAGCCUUUACUGUAUUCUGUUACUGUAGCUCACGCAACGGGAAGCGAACCUUCUUGUUGAUCACUAGACGCUAAUUCGGUCAAAAAGGAUCAUUUGCUGUAACGAGAUAAAAAUCGGGAGCCGGCUGUGUGUCCAUUUGCUGUGACUGGUGGCUCUCUCUGUGUGUGUGUGUGUGUGUGUGUGUGUGUGCAGACAAUGACUGGACACAUGGUCACAUAGACCAGAGGAAACCCUAGAAACUAGAGCAUGUUGAGACAAGUGAGCCUGUUAUUUAAAGGUGGCAUGGAUAUGCCGUGCUUAACCAUAAUCCCCUUGUGCUGCUGUCGUGGAAAGAAGAGGAUCGCUUCUAUUUAAGUUCAGCUUUUCACGUUUUUUUUUAUUUUCUUUUUUUAGUUCUGAGCUUGGAUGGCAACAGAUGUGCUGGCAGCAUUUGCUUUUACACCAGGUUUGAGGGGUCAAACAUUUUUAUAAGUUAAAUAUGUUUUAAGGCCCAGAUUUGUGAAAAACGUAUGGUUGGUGUAAUAAAAUUGAUUCCAUCUUGUUUCAAAAACUUUGUUCUUUAGAGCCAGUUUUUCCAUUUUACUAGUUGAUGUAAUCAGAUGUGUACAACUUGGAAUUAUAUACUUUGUUAAAGAAUGAAAUAAUUUAGCGUGUUAGAGUAGUCUCAGAAUGGAAACAAUUCAGCAGAUCUAAUGUAUCGUCUGUAUGGGGAGUCAAGUGUCAUGGUUUCAUCAAUGUAAUUGCGUUGCACUUGUCUUUUUUUUAAAAAAAAAACAUUGUGUCACAACUACUUGAGAUAAUUGUAACUUUUUCUAUUCAUAUGAUGGGUUCUCUUUAAAAAAAAUAAUAAUGUAACGAUUCGGAAUUCCCACAAUAUUGUGUUCACCUCAGUUUAAAAUUUUAAUGUUUUUCUUUAUCUUAUUAAUGUACGUAGUUUACACAUUCAGUUUUGUGGCAUGUUGCACUUGUUAGGCAACAGGAUACUCCUCUGUUUAGACUGCAAUAAGUAGAUUGAAGCAACUUCACAUGAAACAUUUUCGUUUUGUUUUCUCCGUGCUGUACAGAUUUUAGGCUUAUUCCACAUAACAGAAGCCCAAUUCCACAUCACGAAAGUAAUUUUUUGGUCGGGCCUGGGGCUAUGAACCUAAACUCUAAUUAGUUAUAUGACUGGCCACGCAAAAACAAACAAAUAAAUAUAAAAGGAUUCCUGAAAAAC